AUGGUGGGUGGCGCGCUCGCGGGGUUCCCCGGGGGCUCUGCUCGGGCGGACGGGAAGGGGAUUCUCGGAGCCGGGAGAGGCCGGGACGCGGAGCGGCUGCCAGGGCGGUGCUGGGUCCUGGGUGUCUGCCCCGGGGAUCGGAGUGCUCCCGCGCUUUCCCACCCCGCCCUGUGGCGUGCUCCGCUUCCCAAGGUCUCCUUCUCCUGGUGGAAGCUCUGCACCUUUGCAUCUUCACUAAUAACCACAUUUCUGGGUCCACCCACCUCUGCCCUCGGGCAGGUAGAGAUCCACCCUGCCCUGGGCACAGUCAGCCACGAGCCUAAAGGACUGAAAGGAAAAAUUGUAGGUCGGGAAAAAAAAGUCAUCCAUCCAUACAGCAGGAAAGCAGCUCAGAUUACAAGAGAGUCUCACAAACAAGACAAGAAGGAGAGAUUGAAGACUGAGAGGGCCUUGCGUCUCAACCUUAUCGGUGACAAACUUCAGUGGUUUCACAGUCAUCUGGAUACAAAAAAAAUGAGAUAUUCAAAGAAGGAUGCCUGUGAAUUAAUUGAAAGGUAA